AUGGACGAGCCUUCGGCUCUCGAAGCGCUCAGCGAAAAGACACUUGCCCAUGCAGCAGAUUCUAGGCUCAUCACGUACUGCCCAUCGAUGGACUUGGUCGCUCUUGGGACCGCCGACCAACAAGUGCUCGUAUAUCGGCUCAAUGGCCAACGAGUCUAUGGAACUACGCAGAAACCCGGGGCAUCACGAGUCGAGAACAUCAAGUGGAAGCCGAAUGGGCAGUUACUCGCCAUUGCCUGGAGCGAUGGCAUUGUUCGGCUGGUUGGAGCGGAGAAUAGCAGAAUCGUUCACCAGUUUUCUGCAGGUGAGGGUGUUACUGGUAUCACGUGCGUGGGAUGGGGAUCCAAUUUGACCAGCAGGUCGUCGAGUGCGAUGAAGAGCGCUACAUCCUGGGAAAGACUUUUAAGCUCAGAGGCUAUCUUGUCUGAGAAUAAAGCGUAUCUGGAUUUGCCAAGGGACCUUUCCCAGAUUGAUAUUGAGAGGAGCUUGCCGAAGUUAAGUGUUCUACCAGCUGGAGGAAGCUCAGACGAGGUUUUCUGUUCCUGGUCAUCGUUAGAUGCAAUAUUUCGCCCAUUUGAUCCCAAAGACAACAAUGCUAUCGAUGUCAUGGUUGUCGGUACUAAAGAAGGACACGUCCACGUCACAAUUUACAACUCGUUCGUUGUUGGAGCCUUUCCAUCUCCCAUUCUCGCCGAUGGAGUGCCGUCUCAUCUGGCUCUACAUGCAUCUCACGAAAAAUGCUCAACGCAUGCUCUUCUCAUGAAGUCCUCGGGCUCUGAGAGCCUUUAUUUCGUCCCAAUGGAUCUUCGUUUCAUUUCCGUAUCAAGCGAAUAUCUCUCACUUCUCGCGUCUAGGUCUACGGCUCUUCAGAACCUAUUAAGAUAUAUUCACCAGGUUCAGAUGUUGAUGGUUACUGAGUGGAAAUCCACACAGGAAUUGCCUGGUAGAUUCCUUGGGAAUAUCAAUGAGACACUUGCCGAGAAAGAUACCCGGAACAUCGUUCAAGCUCUGUAUCAUUCUGUAGCUACAGGCCACACCUUCCCCGCCGUCAAGGAAUGGCUAGUAGAUGAGCUCCAAGAGAGAGGCCAUAAGCGAUGGGAGAAAGCGGUCGUUAGCGGGCUAGAAAAUUUGCGACGUCUCGUUCAUGAAAACAUGCUCCCAGCUCUAGAGAGGUGUACUGUCAUCCUCAGCCGGUUCUCUGGGAUUGCUAAAUUUCAAAGCCCUAAUGAAACCGUCGGAUUUUCCAGUCACCAAAUUAGUCUCAUCAUAGACACACUGGCCUGUCUUCAUUUACUCUCUUCCAAAAUUCUUGUUCAAGUUGUUGACGAACUUGAUCUUUUUUCCGCCUUUUCGCUCUGGUUACGGAAUGAGAUCGAUAGGCUUGCUUCGGAUUCGUCUGAUUCGCCAAAAGAAGAUGACUUGGAGAAAGAAGCGUCGAUCGACCACAGCAAGGUUUUGCUCUAUCUUCAAACAUGUAUGACCACUAGCCCGUUGGAGGUUUAUUUUGGAGGCAGCACACCCGAUGAUUAUAGCAGCAGCUGGAACCAGGCUGAGCAGGGCCUCCCAAUGUUUGACAUCUUGGACAAGCAGCUCCAGAAACAAGAGGCGGGGCUUCCUUUUAUGAGGGCGCUCCCUCGAGUCGAACUCGUCUGUAAACACCUGACUGGCCAAGCGAAAGCCAUUUUUGAUCAAAUUGCAGAGGCGGAGAAGCGGAACGUUUUGUUUGGGAAGGCACAGCUCGUCGGUAUCGCUCAAGAUGACCAGCUAAUGGACAUGCGGCUGUGCAGCACGACAAAUUUGGCUUCUCAUACAUAUAUCGCAUUUACACCAAAGGGGUUGCCAAGUUCCAUCCAAAUCACUCGGCACAAGCUUGCGAUCGAGAAUGGCAUUAGUACGGUUCAACAAAUAGAUUCAUCAGUUAUCCAACUUGGCGAUGGCCAAAUCAGAGAUAUCAUGUUUUUGGGCGACAACGGUUUGCUAGCAUUGUGGGAGUCGCAUGACGCAAUCGAUCUUCUGAGUAUCGCUUACAAUACGCCCAACACAGUAGAUACAUCAUCCAUCAGAAAUUAUCCUAUGGAAUAUCUUGAACACCUUCACCCUACAGAUCACCGCCCUACAUUGUUCAACAACGGAGACGUUCGCAGGAAAUUCUCACAACAUAAAUUUCCAAAGGAUGGGUCAUUUAUCCCAGAGACAUUGGAGAUUCGAGAAGAAAGCAAGGGUCACGGAGGCACUGCGGAAAGGGUGGUUAUUUUGGGGAAAGACAAAUUACACUAUAAGGUUUUCUGUCUGUCUGGCAGAACCCAGAUGGGCAUCAAGAGAGACGAUGGAACGGGAGACGAUGAGGAUAUUUCAAUGUCCUGA